GCCGCUUCAGAUGAUUCAAUUUCAACGUGUGGAUCGCCAAGAUGGAUUGGAAAAGGUCUUUCCUGUGUUUGUAUUAAGAGAAAGGGCACAUAUGAGCGUAUAUGUAUUAAUCUCACACCACUACAGGAGGAAAGAUUACAAAGAUUAAAGUAUCGAAUGAAGGUUUACUUUGAUUCCUCUAAGCGAGAUCAUCAGGAAGCGCUAAGAGCUCUCUGGUCAGCUACAUAUCCGGAUCAGGAACUCCUCGGGUUGAUAUCUGACCAAUGGAAAGAAAUGGGAUGGCAAGGUCGGGACCCAUCAACAGACUUCAGGGGAGCUGGAUUUAUUUCACUGGAGAACCUUCUCUUCUUUGCAAAAACAUUUUCUGCAUCUUUUCAGAUGCUGCUUAAUAAGCAGGGGGGUAAGCGAGCUACUUGGGAGUAUCCAUUUGCAGUUGCUGGCGUGAAUAUCACGUUUAUGAUCAUGCAAAUGUUAGACCUGCAUUCUUCAAAGCCUAGGACAUUUGUCCGAGCUGUUUUUGUCCAAAUGCUAUCAGAGGAUGAGUGGGCAUUCGACUUGCUUUAUUGUGUGGCAUUCAUGGUCAUGGACAAGCUGUGGCUGGACAAGAAUGCCUCAUAUAUGGAGUUCAAUGAAGUUUUGAGAUUAGCUCGAGCACAACUUGAGAGGGAACUUCUGUCGGAUGAUGUGAUGAGGAUAGAAGACAUGCCAUCCUAUAGCCUUCUUUCCUAGCAAUGUGAAGCACCUCAGAGUCUCACUUCAAAGUGUAUAGGAUCUUUUCGUGUUUCAGUGUUCAUUUUUCUCUUUCUCUUUUUUUUUUUCCAUUUUGCUGGUGUUUUCUUUUCUACCAUGAAAUUUUGAUGAAAGGUUCAAUUAGUACAUUUUACUUGAUUCUAUUUUGAAAUACAUUUUGCGUUUA